AUGGGUAGACUCGACGGCAAAGUAGCCAUCAUCACUGGCGGUGGCCAGGGCUUCGGCAAAGGCAUAGUCGAGAAAUUCCUCGCCGAAGGCGCCAAAGUCGUGAUCGUCGACUUUGUCGAAAAAGUCGGCGCGGCCGCCGCCAAAGAGCUCAAAUGCGAGUUUGCGCUCUGCGACGUGACGAAAUCCGCCGAUUGGGAAGCCACCCUCAAGAAGACCAUCGACGCCUACGGCAAGAUCGACAUCGUCAUCAACAACGCCGGCACCACCUACCGCAACCAGUCGAAUAACGAUGUCACGGAGAAGGACUUUGACUUGGUUAUGAAUGUGAACGUGAAGAGUAUUUUCCAUUCGGUCAAUGUUAUUGUGCCGGCUAUGCAGAAGGCGGGCAAUGGGGGCGUGUUUGUGAAUAUUGCGUCCACGGCGGGCAUUCGGCCGAGGCCAGGAUUGAUUUGGUAUAAUGCUUCAAAGGCGGCAGUCAUCAAUGCGACGAAGUGUCUGGCGGUUGAGUAUGCGAAGGAUAACAUUCGGAUGUUGAGUGUCUGCCCGGUUGUAGGGUUGGGCACUGGAUUGACCGAUCUCUUCCUUGGCAAGCCCGAAAACGAGAAGGUCUUCAUGUCCACCGUGCCACUUGGCCGUGGCACAAAGCCCAGAGAUGUUGCGAACACAUGCUGCUUCUUGGCCAGCGAUGAGGCAGACUUCUUGACUGGUAAUGCUGUUGAAGUCGAUGGUGGUCGCUGCGUGUAG